ACUGAGGGUGAGCCAUCCGUGGACCAGGAUGCUGGGCGAUGGUGAGGGAAUCGCUAAAGAAGUGAAUAUGGAGGGGUGUAGUCGAGAAUGUGAUCGUGUAUGGGUAACGGUGGGGCAAAACGUGCGCCGCGACGCUUCAACAUACUAAACACGCACAGUCGCGGUUCGGUUGCCGUACUCAACGAAUCUGUUUGUAUCUUCCCGCUUUAUCAUACACAUAUAUAUAUAUAUAUGUAUACCACACCACGUGGUACACUAUCUGCAAAAAUAUUACGUUUUCAUAUUCAAAAAAAAUUUAUUUUUCAAAAUUAACAAAAUUUUCACAUUCUUUCUCAGUAUUGUGACAUUAUUGUGAUAUAAAAAUUAAGAAAAAAAAAAAUUGUUUUCCCUAUUUUGAAAAAAAUAUCACGCUAAUACGUUGAACUUUAGUUAUAGUGCUAAUAAAUAAACAUUCUAAAAAAUUUUUGGUCAACUUUUUAACCGUUUGAAAAAUAAUAAACAAUUUUAAAUAUUACAAUUUAAUUAAGAAAAAAAAAUUAUUUUCUAAGUGUUUUUCGGUAAAAAAAAAAAAAUAAGUGAGAAGAAUUUUGAUUGUGGAUUAAAUUAUAAUUAUUCGAGAGUGAAGUGAUUUUUUUUUUGAGAGAGAAAAUGUCAAUGAACUGUGAGAGGAUUUUAAAAUGUUUCCCGCUAAUUUGAGAGGUUGUCGAUUUAAACUGAAGUGAUUCAGCGAAUCGCAAUAUUAUUAAAAAUUUAUAGUGCAACACGCCAGUGUUUGCGGUUAAUUUAAGAUUGAAAAUUAUUUUUUUUUUUAAAUAUCGAUUAGGAUUGAGAUUAAGAAAAUAACAUCUCGCUCCGAAUGGCGUCAACAUUCGACUCGGGGGAUCAUUGAGAGGUUUUUGAAGGGAAUGGAUUUUCAGAGCGUAAUGGAAACGAUGGCAGAGGCAUGGGUGGCUGCUAACACCAAAAAUGAAGUGCAGAGUCAGGCUUUGGCAUUGACGUACAAGGCUUCAUCACCUACGAGACCAAAUAGUGUACCCUCUUUAACACGAAGUCCACAAUCCCAACCAUCUCAUCAGUCACAGAGUGCCCCUCAACCUUCAACUGUUCAGUUCCAUCAACAACAAACGCCAGUGAGUUCAACUCAACCAACAUUUUCGACUCACAAUGAUCACCCUAAGCAGGAGGUCACCAGUAGUCCAAAACAGGAAGGUUUUGAUCUCAGCAAAUCUACUUCCGGAACCGUUAAAAGUCUUCCAGUUCAUUGUGUCGUUGAAGCGAUUCACAGUAUUGUGGAAAGUCGCGCGACUUCUCGUGACAAUUGGAGGAGGCCUCAUGUUGAAAAAGACACCUAUGUUUUUAUUCCAGCCGUGAUGCCAUUUCAGGAUCUAGUUGGUGAAACAUUGGUGCGAUUAGGUUACUCAAAUGAUCUCAUUCUUAGUGCUCGUGGGAGUAUUGUGAUAAGAAAUUGGAAGCCAUUGCCCACUGAAAAAGUGGCCGAAGGUCCACUUUUAACAGUAGGUGAUAUUUUGGCAGAAUUAAUUCACCUGACUACCCUCAAGAUUCAGGUCUACAGAUCAAGACCACCACCUCCUAGUCCAGCAACUGAGGUCAGAGAUAAACUUCUAAGGUUUCUCCUACUUCACAGCCACGCAUUUCUAGUCGGAUGUCCUCUCGAUGAGUUAACAUUAGCUUCACUUUGUAGAGGUGGUAAUGAUAUUACAGAAGAGACGAGAAGAAAUUUUGAAACUUGGUUGCAUCAGCAGCAUAUGGCUUUUGGAAUGAAUCAUCUAAUUCCGCAGACAAAUCAUCAAACCCAAAGUCCACAACCCGAUGGAACGGGUCCAAUGGGUGCAACAAGUCACAUUGGUCAUCCAACACAUCCUGGUCUUCUACCCUAUUCACAUAAAACAAGAAUGCGAACGAGUUUCGAUCCAGAACUCGAAUUACCAAGACUGCAACGUUGGUUUAGUGAAAAUCAACAUCCAACACGUUCACAAAUUCAACAUUACGUCACCGAAUUAAAUUCCCUGGAAUCGAGACGUGGACGAAAACCAUUGGACGUUCAUAAUGUUGUUUAUUGGUUCAAAAAUGCUCGAGCUGCCCAAAAGAGAGCCGAAACAAGAGGCGUUAACGGUUACAGUCCACCUGGUCUCAGUCCAAGAGGCGCUAGUAUGAUUAGCGAAGAUUGCUCCGACGAUGAGGAGGAUUCUAGGCACCAGUCGGCAUCUCCGUAUCCACCAGGAAGUCCUCCAGUGGGACCAUUGUCAUUAACAACACGACCUGAGGAUCAACAAUCAUCAUUGACACCAUCGUCAGUGAAGCAGGAGGAUGGAAGAGCGUCUUCCGGUUCUGAAGAUGAUGAAACUAGUCCAACUGAUCCAUUACCACCAGGAUUUCCCUUAUUACCAAGUCCGAUGUUCAGUCAAAGUGUCAUGUACAUGUCACAUUAUCUCACACCACGUGGACCACCGGGAUGUCCAACGAAUUUAUUAGACGAGAGAAGAAAACGUAACCGGACAUUCAUUGAUCCCGUCACGGAAGUUCCAAAACUCGAGACAUGGUUCACACACAAUACUCAUCCCAGUCAUGCGUUGAUAUUGAAGUACACGGAGGAAUUAAAUAGAAUGCCAUAUCGGCAAAAGUUUCCACGAUUGGAAACAAAAAAUGUGCAAUUUUGGUUUAAGAAUCGUCGUGCCAAAUGUAAGCGUUUAAAAAUGGCACUUUUCGAUGGAGAGUCACCACAGCCUCAUCCCUAUCAUGCAGAGUAGAUUGCUCAUAUCCUGUGUAAAUAACAUAUUCAAAUACACAGAUGAUAUAUAUACAUUCGUAAUAAAUUUACAAUCUCAGACCAAAAAAAAAUAAAAA